AUGGCUAUCUCAGAACGUGGCAAGCAAGGCGGCAAGGCUCGUGCCAAGGCCAAGACGCGCUCGUCGCGGGCCGGCCUGCAGUUCCCGGUGGGCCGCGUCCACCGCCUGCUCCGCAAGGGCAACUACUCGGAGCGGGUCGGGGCCGGCGCGCCCGUGUACCUGGCGGCCGUGCUCGAGUACCUGACGGCCGAGAUCCUGGAGCUGGCGGGCAACGCGGCGCGCGACAACAAGAAGACGCGCAUCAUCCCGCGCCACCUGCAGCUGGCCAUCCGCAACGACGAGGAGCUCAACAAGCUGCUGGGCCGCGUGACCAUCGCGCAGGGCGGCGUCCUGCCCAACAUCCAGGCCGUGCUGCUGCCCAAGAAGACCGAGAGCCACCACAAGGCCAAGGGGAAGUGAAAUGUUUGCAAAACCAACAGUCCCUCUUGAAAAUCAAAGGCUCUUUUAAGAGCCACCCAAAUUUUCUGGAAAGCGCUGAAAUACUUAAAAACCAUAGGUGACGUGUUUAUUAAGCCUUAGCCAUUUGAUUACACGCAAAUCUUGUUAACACGUAACCUGCUUUAAAGUUUGCUAUUUUAAAAAUUGGGUAACUCC